GUUAGCUCUCUCACUGAUUGAUAACGUCUUGAACCUAAGAGUUCGUUUGGCAACCAAAAGUGGAUGCUUCUCAAAAGUCAAAAGCAAAGGCGAAAGGCUAUAAUAUCUUAUAGUGUGGUAUCCAAACACCUCUUAAGAGUUUUAGUGAAGUCCUUUAUAGUGGGGAAACGAGAGGAGAAGUAAGUAAAAUUAGGCGGGUAUGGGUUCCUCACACUGGAACUAUCGAUUUUUCGAUCUGAUUAACUAAUCUUCGACUAGGGUUACAAGGAAAUCCAGAAUUCCCUUUUCCUCGUUUGAUUCAAUGGAAACAAUAAGAUCUCCAAUUUUGAAUGAUGAAGAUCGAUUAAGUAAACUCCCAGAAUCCCUUAUUCAUCACAUACUUUCAUUUCUGGACAUGAAAUAUGUGAUUCAUACCAGUCUUUUAUCAAGAACAUGGAGACAUAUCUGGAAAUCAGUGCCUACCCUUAACUUCGACUCAGAUAUAUACGACGAAUCAGGUGAUGAAUUCAAUUCAUUUAUUCAUUUUAUAGACAGGGUAUUCGUUUUUCGUGAUAGAACCAAUGUAAUGAUGUUUGAUCUUGUUUGUGCUGAUGAAAUUGAAGGCGAUUUAGAAAAUUCUCUUUUAACAUGGACUCUUGCUCUUGUAAAUUGUAAUGUUCGAGAAUUAUCUGUUGAUAUUGCCGAUGUUUCUAUGGAAGUUAAGGUACCUACUUGCUUGUUUACAUGUAAAUCGUUGACGAAGUUGGAAUGGAGAAUGGGUGGAACGUAUUACGGAGAUAUUGAAUUACCCAAUGUCAUGUAUUUACCCAGACUUCAAUUUCUAAAGCUCGAUGGAGUUAAUUUUAAUGACGAUAAGUUGACUGAUAGGAAUGGGGCAAGGAUUGUGAAGUUAUAUGCACCAAACCUUGUAACCUUCAUCUGCAAAGAUUUCAUAUUGAAAGAUUAUACUUUAGAGAAUCUUUCUUCUCUGCUUACUGCUGAUAUUAACAUGAGGUUGAAAGUAGACAAGUACUGUUAUGGAGAUAAAGAUGAGUAUGAAUAUGAUUAUGAUGAUGACGAAGAGAGUGAAGAUGAAGAUGAGGAUGAGAGUGAAGAUGAAAUUGAGGAUGAAGAGGAGGCGGACGAGGAUGAAGAUGAAGAUGAGGAUGAAAAUCAGGAUGACCAGGAUGAAGAUGAAGUUUAUGAUGAUUAUUAUGAGGACGACUGGAGCGAAGACGAAGAUGAGGAUGGAGAUGGUGACGAAGAUGAGGUUGAAGACAUCAAAUACUUUACAGGGCUUUCAGCAGAGAAGAAAGAACCAUAUGCUAAGGGUAUGAUGAGCCUUUUAGGUGCGCUGCGCAACGUGAUACGUCUGAAACUUUCAUCUAGUUUUCUUGAGGUUCUUUCAGAAGCGCCUGGCUUAUUAGAUAGUCAUCCUCAUAUGUCUCUUAACGUUCAACAUUUGAAGCUCAAAACGUGCCUUUCGAGAAACUGCCUUCAUUCAAUAACAUACUUACUGAGGAACUCUCCACUUGUGCAAUCUCUUUGCAUCGUGUUGAAACGGAAAGCAUUCGGUUCAGAAAGUGAUAGAGAAGAUUGGGAUGCAGAGUCAUCACCGUCAUGCGAGCUGCAAAAUCUGAAGUUAGUUGACAUUCAAUGCAUCCAAGGACAAGAAAAUGAGCUCAAUUUUCUGAAAUUUUUAUUGAAGAAUGGCGUGGUUUUGGAGAAAGUUGUUCUUAGCAGUUCUGCUUCUAAAGAAGGAAAACUCGUGGAGAUCAAUGAGAAACUAGUGACAUUUCCAAGAGCCUCUUUAGGUGUUCAGGUCUUGCCUACAAAUCUGAGUAGGUAACUACCAUGAGGGUUAUCCGUUUUUAGUGCUAUUUAAGUCCCUAUUGUUUGUAUAUAACAUUUUUAUUCUUUAUUGUGCAUCACAAAUUUUGAAGAUUUUUCGGUACUUCGGUGACUGUUGGUAUUUGCAUAUUUUGAACUGUCAACAUAAUAUACCGGUGAGAGGUUUAACAACCAACUAUUAAUUUAAGAUUUAUGUUUGUUGACUGUGAUUGUAAAAUUUUUACACGACAACGAGUUUAG